UUGUUUGUGUCAAGAACUUGAUGAGAAACAGUGUACGUGCUGUUAGACAACUUUGCAGGGUCAGACCAAGCUUCCCCUUUACCACAACUUUUCACCAUUUCCAAGGGGUUUUAUGAACAGCUCUCUCUCUCUCUCUGGAAUAAUAAAAAAAACAAGAUAAUGCAAGGAUAAUCAUAUAUGCUGAUAAUGGAUCUUCAGAAAGCUUUUUCUUCUUCUUGAGUGUCCAAACCAGGUCGCAGUUGAAAGCCACGAUCAACAUGAUAAGAAAUCUCAUUGAAACACUUCAAUGUGGCUAAUGUUAGCAGUCACCAGCCGGUGAGGCGAGUUGGAGGGUCCAUGGUCGAUGAGCAGUAUCAAUUGUGUGGAAAACAGAGAAGAAAGAUAGAAUACACUGUUUGCUGGGCGCCUAAAGUAGAGGUAAUGUAAUUUAUUCGAAUCCUUGAAAUCUAAUUAGAUAUUAUGUUCUUUUUCUCAGCCAUUGUUUCCUGCAGUAGUGGCACACCACAUCCAUUAUUUUAAUUGAAGUUUUCAACCUCUAAUUCAUAGACUAAUGCGUUUAUUUCAAAUGUUUCCAAACAUCAUGAUCAUCUAAACCUUUCCUUCAUCAUAAUCUCAUGGAAACCUUAUUUCCUUUACAUCUCCCCCAUACACGAUUUAUCCAACUUUAAAUUGCUACGUUACGUGUCUUGACUUUUAUCACUUCUCAAGAAGGAAAACGGACCAUCAUGAUCUGCACGGAGUCAAACCACCAGCGGAUUUCGUUUGCUGGUGAUCUUGGCCAAUCCGACAAAGGACCUGCUAUGGAACAACAUCAACCAUCAGGCCCGGUUCGAAGAGACACUACUCUUUUAGAUUCAUCAAACUCAGACUUCGAGUUCCACAUAUCAAGAAACUUUGAUCCUGAAGAUUCCUCACCAGCCGACGAGAUCUUUGCGGAUGGUAUGAUCCUCCCAGUCCUUCCUUUCCACGUAACCCCUGCAUCCGCCACGCCAAAACGUCUCUACAAAUACGAGCUCCCUCCUAUCGUCUCUGCUCGUUCCUUACCCUCCUCCUCUCUUCCUCUUCCGCCUUUACCAUUGCCUGAAUACUCGAGAAAAUACAGCGUGAAAGAAACUAGGGGAAGCGUAAAUGGUCGAGGGAGCAGUGUAAAUUCGGUUUUGGAAGCGGAGAAAUCAUCAAAGUCGUUUUGGAGCUUCAAGAGAAGCUCAAGCCUUAACUGCGAUAUAAAGAAGAGUCUGAUGUGUUCGUUUCCUCGGUUAACGAGAAGCAACUCCACUGGAUCAGUAACGUAUUCGAAGAGGGAAAUGCUUAGGGACAUUAACAAGCAUAGCUCGCAGAGACAUGGAGUCCCACGUCCAGGAACAAAUCCGUCAUCUUCUCCUCCACCUCUCUGCUGCAGCUCGUAUCAGUUCAGGCCACAAAAACAAGCCAGAAAGAAUGGCGGCGGAAGGGGAGGAAGUUUUUGGAUUGCUCCGGUGAUCGGUGGUCCAUCUCCUUUUGGGCUAGGAUCCAUCUUACGACUUACAAAAGAGAAGAAGAAGUAAUGACAGUGUGUGUUUUUUCCCUUCCCAAAGUAAGUAGGAGCAGUUUGAUACCAUACUCUUCUUCUUACGAACUCUUUGUUUGAUUUUGUUUACACAUUGAGAUUUAUGCAACAAAAUCCAUGUUGAUACAUUUUUUAAAAUCUGAUGUGACUCUUAUUUUUCUAGCCAGAUAAU